AAAGGGGCGGAACCUACCGAUGCGCUACACUGCAAACGAGCGACCGGAGGAUGGAGGAGCAGAGGAAGCACAGCUGUACGCGGAAGACGAUAUGAUGUUUUAGAAACAGUGCGGGCCCGGUGAGGCUGAACUUGUCGUUUUAGACACUUUAGGUCAUCAGAUAGAAAGAUGGCGCCGUCGGGCUCGCGUAGCGUUGACUGCUGGAGAGUUUUAUACUGGAUCCCUGUGCUGUUCAUCAGUCUGAUCGUGGCAUGGUCCUACUACGCUUAUGUAGUACAGCUCUGCAUAGAUACUAUUGAAAACAUGGGAGAGAAAAUAGUUUACGUCCUGGUAUAUCAUGUGCUUUUCAUCAUGUUCGUGUGGUCAUACUGGCAAACCAUCUUCACAAAACCUAUGAACCCACUCAAAGAGUUCCACCUGUCACAUUCUGACAAAGAGCUAUUAGAGCGUGAAGAUCGGAGAGAAUCUCAACAAGAGAUCUUGAGGAGAAUUGCUAAGGAUUUGCCCAUUUACACACGCACAAUGUCUGGAGCUAUCCGCUACUGUGAUCGCUGUCUGCUGCUGAAGCCUGAUCGAUGUCAUCAUUGCUCUGCCUGUGAUAUGUGCAUUUUAAAGAUGGAUCACCAUUGUCCGUGGGUAAACAAUUGCGUGGGCUUCGCCAACUACAAGUUUUUCAUGCUCUUCCUAGCAUAUUCUUUGUUGUAUUGCCUCUUCGUCACUGCCACUGACUUGCAGUAUUUCAUUCAGUUCUGGACUGUUGAUGGUAAAACACAUGAUCGUCUAAUCCAGUAUUUGAAUGGUCUGCCUGAUACCCAAGCCAAGUUUCACAUCAUGUUCCUGUUUUUCGCUGCCUCCACGUUCUCAGUGAGCCUAGCGUUCUUGUUUGCUUAUCACUGCUGGCUUGUCUGCAAGAACAGAUCCACCUUGGAGGCUUUCAGAGCUCCUACAUUCCAGCACGGACCAGACAAGAACGGCUUCAGUUUAGGAACAAGCAAGAACUUUUGCCAGGUGUUUGGAGAUGAAAAGAAAUACUGGCUGUUGCCUGUUUUUUCAAGUCUGGGCGACGGCUGUUCAUUCCCCACAUGUCUAGUGAACGCAGACCCCGAACAACCCUCCUCUCCCUCUGGACGCAACCCUUCAAUCAAAAGCGCUGGAGAAUCCCAUCAGUUUCCACCUAAACCUCUGAGAGAGUCUCAGAGCCGACUGCUGAAUAACGGACAGUCAGAAGGAAGUGAAGACAGAGACAAGCGAGGUACGAGCAACCCAGCCUUGACUAUUGAGAAGGAAACUUAGGAGCACGUUAAUGAAACAGGAGUUUAGUGCUAGUGAUGUCUGUUGUCAGUGGAACAGUGAGGACGUCUCCGCUGCUCUUGCACAGACUUGCGCUGCCCAUCUACUCUCUACCUAAUGAGUUGUGAUCCUUCACAAGAGCUCACAGUGCAGGAUUAUGCUGUGUACUGUACAUAUAUGAAGGGCCACAGAGUCUCUCGUCCUUCUUGCAAACUGUAUGGCUAUCUUAACGUGCCUAAAGAUGCCCACAGAUGUGGCUGAACAUUUGGUAACAUCACCGUGGUUCCUGCAAGACCCACAUUUUAAAAAAUGUAGAAGUUUGUAUGGUAAAUGCCUUGAAUAUAGCUUGCGUGGUGUAGGCAGUGCUGAAGAAGGUGGCGUUUUUGUUAGUCUGGAAAAUGUAAAGUAUUUAUGCAUGCUGUGUGAUGGUGGUAUGUAGUCGUUUGUCACGUUUGAAAUGUGAACAAUGAAAAGCCCAAGUGCUUUUGCACUAGACUUCCUCAAAUUUGACCCUGUUUUUGAUCCUGCAUUGUUGAAAUGCAGCAGCAUCUCUUCAUUUUAUUCAUUACCAUACAGAUACAUUUGCACAUCGUGACUAUAAUCUGUUUUAUUUGACAAAGUGUCAGUGAGGAUCUUGUCCAUCACAUUUAAGUCUGGAUCCCAGCUGUCAUGAAUUUUGCAAAGGUCGUACACAGGCAAAAUGACUGAUGUAGCAAAUAUUUUAGGCCAUUUUUAGUACUGGAUAUUCAGACAAAAACACUGUUUAUUCAAGUUUUUACCUGACAAGCACAGGGAAGACAAAACUACUCUAUAUGCACUUUGAACAGCGCUUAAAGCUACAAAUUAUUUCAGUUUUUAAAUCGUCUUUGUCCUGAUGUUUUCUUGAUGGUUCUGUCGAAUCAAGUAUGCAAAGUAUAUAAUGUAUUGUUAACUCCAUAUACAUUAUUACACUGAUGCUGCAGAGAAUAUUUCACCAUUAAUAGUCAGUGUAUUUGAUUAUUCCGAACAUACUUUUCAUAACCCUUUUUGCACAAUUAAUGCAAAACUUAAAGAUGUGCUUUUGUAUCAUAUCUGAUUUAUCUAAGGGCUCUGAUAAUGUACUUACUACCGUAUUUCUUAUCUCAGUUUGAUUCAACAUUUAUUGCAUGUAAAUGUAAACGUACUUGUACUUGAUUUUGACUGAGGCGUGAACCUCAGAAAUGCCAAGACUUGUGGUGUGUUGUCUGUUUUGUAGUUUUUAUGGAAAUGUCUGUCGUUUAUUUUGUGAUUAGGUUCACACACCACAUUAAAAAUAAACUGUGAUACAAGGUUUCUACUGGUUCUUGCUUUUGUGUAUGUAGACCAGCCGAUUGUUGUUGCUGCUUUUGUUUUGUUUUUUGAGUAUGUAAAAUUCUGCUGGCUAUCUGUGUUGGUAGCUUAACGUGUUUUCAUAUAAAGUAUGAUAAUGCCAUUGAAUGAUAUGCCUUGAUGAGUGUUACUGUAAGAGAAAUAAAGU